AUGCAGUGAGCAAAUGUGACCGCGAAGAGGUGCUAAGCGGUCACCUGGCUGAUCUGCCUCAUUUCCCAGAAGCCACUUGGCCGCUGACUGAAGCAAGAUGGCAGCUGUUGUCGAGAAUGUUGUCAAACUGUUGGGAGAGCAGUGCUACAGAGAUGCUAUGGAGCAAUGUCAUAACUACAAUGCUCGUCUGUGUGCUGAGAGGAGCGUGCGCUUGCCCUUCCUCGACUCUCAGACCGGAGUGGCUCAGAGUAACUGCUACAUUUGGAUGGAGAAGAGGCACAGAGGGCCUGGCAGGGCUCCAGGGCAACUCUACACUUACCCUUCCAGGAGGUGGAGGAAGAAGAGAAGAUCUCACCCUCCUGUGGACCCCCGCCUUGUCUUUCCUCCAGUCAAGUCAGAGCUUGAUUUUGGACUGAAGAAGGAUGCACUGUUGUCAUCUGAUGGUAGCAGCCUGGAAGCCUUGCUAAAGGCUGACUCUCUGGACAAACGCACACCCGCUGAUCACAGAGCCUCUGAGGAAGACUCCAAUCCUGGCGACUACUCUGCCAGCCUGAACUCUGCCACACGCACCAGAAAGAAAAUUCUCGAGCCUGAUGACUUCCUCGAUGAUCUGGAUGACGAGGACUAUGAGGAAGACACGCCGAAGAGAAGAGGGAAAGGGAAGGGAAAGGGUCGCGGAGUGGGCAGCAGCAGGAAGAAACUUGACCCCGCAGCAAUGGAGGACCGGGACAAGCCAUACGCUUGCGACAACACUAUCAAACAAAAGCAUAUUUCCAAACCUUCUGAAAAAGUCUGCGGCAAGCGCUACAAGAACCGCCCCGGCCUGAGCUACCACUACACCCACUCGCACUUGGCCGAUGAGGAGGGCGAAGACAAGGAGGAGAUGGAGGUCAACGAGCCCCCACCGCCACUACCGGAGACACCUAAAACUCCUAAGAGAGGCCCGGAUGGGCUAGCCCUGCCCAACAAGUACUGUGACUUCUGCUUGGGAGACUCCAAAACCAACCACAAGACAGGCCAGUCCGAAGAGCUGGUGUCCUGCUCCGACUGCGGACGCUCAGGUCACCCGUCCUGCCUGCAGUUCACACCCGCCAUGAUGGCCGCAGUCAAGACGUAUCGGUGGCAGUGCAUCGAGUGUAAGUGCUGUAACAUGUGCGGCACCUCCGAGAACGACGAUCAGCUGCUCUUCUGUGAUGACUGCGAUCGUGGUUACCACAUGUACUGUCUCAAGCCGCCCAUGGCAGAACCCCCAGAGGGGAGCUGGAGCUGCCACCUGUGCGUGUACCUCCUGAAAGACAAAGCGUCCAUCUACCAGAAGCACGACGCCCCGCCCUUGUGAUGGCCGCUCCUUCUGCACGCACUCUGCGUCCUGCUGCUGCGCGCGUUACACGCCUGCUGCGCAAGUGUGUCCAGAGGGAGCCUGUGAUUGGUCCAUAGGGAAGUACAGUACAGUACAGUAGUCGAGUACACCACUACCACACUGGU